UGACCGGAGUGAACGGGACUGGCUACUCGCGCGCACACAAGUAGUUUUAUCCGCAAACCCCACCUUGACGCACGCGACGAUCGAACUGCCUUUGUUUAAAAAAAAAUUGUGUGUAUAUUGUGUUAAGUGAAUAGUGUUUGAAUCAAGAAGGCAAGAUGGCGUUCUCAAGAACAACAAUUUUGCUGCUGUCAAUAGCUUCACAAGUUUUAACGGCUCCCCAAUUCAUUACAUUCAAAGAUGGGAAAGUGGGAGUGAACUUCGGCGGUUACCACGCGGCAGCUGGCCUGGGAGGACUAUUAGGUAACGGUGGUGCUGGCGGGCUUUUUGCUGAAGCUGGCACUCCUCACGGGCAAGCGGCGGUCGCGGGGCUCGGCGGUGGAGCCAGCGAGGGUGGAAGUGGAGGUGGAUUAUUCGCGGGUGCUACCGCCGGUGGCAACGUGAAAGCGGCCGCGGGACUGGCCGGGGGCGCUGAUGCAGAGAGAUCUGGAGGCGUUGGUUUCGCUGGAGCCUCUGCGGGAAAUCGAAACGCUGCUGCGGGCUUGGGCGGUGAAUCCGGUGCUGCUGGAUCAUCAGGCUUUACCUACUCAAGCAGCAAGUCAUUCGGCCUGUCCGGAGCUGUGGAACAACCCGUCAAUCAAGUCGACAAAAAAGUGCACGCGGAAUACGAUUUCAACGCCGCGUCGCCCGUUGUACCUUUAACCAAUACCAUUGUAAAAUCCAAUACCAAAGUCAAGGAAGUACACGUUGAGCAGCCUCCAGUAGUAGUUGAGAAGCAUGUUUACCAUGAACAACCGGUGAUUGUAGAAAAGCGUAUCUACCACAAGAAGCCUCAUCGUUUUCAUAACAAGGUGUUCGUCCACGGAUACAUAGGUGGCGCUGCGGUGCCUCCUCCUGCGAUUGAGAAGAGGGUUGACGUUGGAGUAGACAACUAUGCCAGUGCUGCUGCUGAUGCCACUGCCCACGGCGGUCAACAAGUCUCCUACACCAAACAAGUCAAUUUCCAAAGGAAUCCACAAUUCUUUGCUGACAUAUUCAAUAUUCCAAUUUCAACUUUGAAAGCGGUGGGGAAUUUCCUGGGUAACACGGCCGGGAGUACCAGCGUGUCCGUACAAAAGUCCGCGUCGGUGCAAGGCGGCGCAGAGUCACCGAAGCAUGACGGUCUUUCAUCAGAUUCAUCUAAACAGACCCAAGUGUCCAUACAGACACCGGACGCAUCCAAAUUCAUUGACGAUAUCUUCGCUAUACCCAUAAACACGCUGGGCGCUGUCAACAAGUUCCUGGAAAACAAUGUUCCGGCUAGAAAAAAGGUUCAGGUAUCACAAGAGGGCGAUGAAGAACCGGCUAGAUUCAGAGGUGGUCGCCACGCCAGGAGGAGGGUUAAAACGGUGGUCAUAGAACAACCCCAGAAGAAUGCAACAAGUGAAGAAAAAGAGGAAUAAUGAAAUAAGACUACAAAAUGUACCUUAAGACGCUAAUACUUUAAAGUGUAUAUAAGUUAUUUAGUACGAUAAAUAAAUUCGUAGGUUUUUUA